AUGAUAUUCCAAACGUUACGGGGAGAUAUUCUAAUGCAAGUUGCACAAUACGAAAGUGCAAAAGAAGUUUGGGAUGCAAUAAAAGUUCGAUAUCUUGGAGCCGAUAUGGUUCAGAAAGCGCGUCUGCAAACUUUGAGAAGCGAAUUAGAAACCUUAAAGAUGGGAGAAAACGAAAAAAUAAGUAGUUUCACAAGCAAAUUGGGUGGUAUAAAAUCCAAGUUUAGAAGUCUUGGUACCAGCAUUAAAAAUAAGAAGAUUGUAAGAAAAUUACUUAUCUAUGUUCCGAAGAAGUUUCUACCGAUUGUGGCAUCAAUCAAGCAGUAUUUAGAAUUAGAUAAAAUGACAUUUGAAGAAGUAGUGGGUAAGAUUACAGCAUUUGAAGAAUGCCUCAAGAGCCAAAACGAUCUGGAGAACAAUAAUCUCUUAAUGGCAAGUUCAGACAAUCAUUCCGGAAACUGGCAUCAUGGAAAAGGACGUGGCGAUCAAAGUCAAGGUAGAGGACGUGGACGAAGUUCGUUCAGAGGAGGAAGAGGACGUGGACGAAGUUUGUUUAGAGGAGGAAGAGGACGUGGGCAAAAUAUGGAACGUGGAAAUAGAGACACGAGCGAGUUCAAGUGUUAUGAAUGUGGUGAAUUCGAUCAUUUCGCAUACGAGUGUCGCAAGUGA